CUCCUGGUAUUAUUGUCCAAGAACUACAUUAUGGACCUUUUGCUACUAAUUGGUGGAUAUUUCCAAAUACCAAAAAUUCUCAAAAUAAGAAAAGUACUCCAAUUCGCAUUAAUAUGAGAAUUAAAUUUGAACUCAACCAAGAAGAAUUUAUUAUUCAAGUAGUCGGCAAUAAUCGGAAGCCUGGUUAUGUGUGUGAGUUAGAUAUAGAAGCUAUAAUUUACUCAACAUCUAGUGCAGCAAUAAAUGAAACUUACAACAAACUUUUCAAUACAAAGACACGCUUUUCUGGACCAAGUGUUUUAGGUUUUAAUAAUGAAAUAAUAGUUGAGCAAUUACAAGCAGAAAUUUCAAAUGAUUUGAUGGAUGCAGCAAAAAAAUAUUUACGAAUUAAUGGAUCUGGUUGUAUUGCUAUAAGUAAACCUAUAGUAUCUCGAAUUUGA